GUGCACCAGAAAGACGAGGAGGACAAGUCCAAGAACGUCUUCGCCAAGCUCAACCUCGUGGACCUGGCAGGCUCCGAGCGGCAGAAGGGCACGGGCGCGUCCGGCCAGACCUUGAAGGAGGGGGCAAACAUCAACAAAAGCUUGAGCGCCCUCGGGAACGUCAUCAACGCCCUUGUGGAGUGCGCGAACGGAAAGAAGGUGUUCAUCCCGUACCGGAACUCGAAGCUCACGCGCGUGCUUCAGGAGUCCCUGGGCGGCAACUCGUUGUGCACGAUGCUUGCGGCGCUGUCGCCGGCCGCGUGCAACUACGAGGAGACCAUGUCAACCCUGCGAUACGCCAACCGCGCCAAGGCGAUCAAGGUGACCGCCACCAAAAACGAGGAGGCCUCCCAGAUCUCUCGCCUCAAGGCCGAGGUCGAGGCCCUGAGGGCCAAGCUGGAAGCCGCGGCUGGCGGGGGCGGCGGAGGCGGCUCAGGCGGCCUCACGGAGGAAGAGAAAGAGGCGGAGAAGGCCAAGUUCGAGCAGCAGCUUCGGGACAUGGAGGCCAUGAUGAACAACAACUGGGCCGACAAGGAGAACAUGAGCAAGGAACACCAGCAGAAGCUCCAGCGGCUGCAGGAGGAGCAGCACCGCGCCGCGCAGGCGCUGGAGGAGGAGAGAUCCAGGCGGUUGCGGCUCCUCCGGGAGAAGAGCGACCUCGAGCUGACGAUCCGUGGAUUCAUUGACUUCGUGCUCCACCUGCCGAAGUUCAACAGCCCCCCGCCCGUGAUCACGGGCGAGCUGCCCCGCCUGUGGCUGAAGACCCAGCGGUCGCUGCGGCAGGACGUGGGCGAGCUGAAGGAGCAUCACAACAUGGUGAUGGUGCUGCGCCACCAGUUCCAGGAGGACGCGAAGCUGUGCGCCGAGGCCUCGGAGGCGCAGGACUACGUGCUCGCGGCCACGGGGCUGGCGCGGUGCCUGCCCAAGCUGGACAAGUUGUCCAGGGGGGGCCUGAAGCUCUCCGAGCUCGAGGCCCGCGCCCUGAGCGCCGCCUCCGAGCUCGCCGACGGCGCGCGCCAGUCCGCCGCGGAGCUGGCCCGCUUCCGACAGCAGCUCGUCGACGACACCGCCGAGGGCGACGAGGCGAAGGCCGGCGCUGGGGCCCUCGAAGAG